CUCUUUCUUCACUCCUCUAAGCAGAUCUACUUCUUCUUCUUCGCUCUCUUGUCCGAUUCCAACCCUAAUCUCUCUCUUCUCUCAUCUCCAUCUCUUCUCGAACGAUGAAGCACUUUAUGUUGCCAAGAAAUGCGAUCUUGCGGGAGAACCAUCCUCCGGCAAUGGAGAAUCCAUCCUCUUCUCCUAAUCCUAAGCAGAAAAACCCAUCUCGCAAACUAAAGUAUACCAAAGAAAAUCUCCCCCCGCCAGAUCCGAAUGCUAUGAUGCCAGAAUCAGCCCUUACGCCUUCUUCAGUUGCAGGAAAGCCCUCGCCGGCGUCCGCAUCAAAGAUGAAAAGUUUACUUCCUCCCAGGCCUCCUUCUUCAAAUCCCCUAAAGCGAAAACACACCAACGAAGAAAAUGGACUGCCCAUUUCUUCUGAUUCUGGCGUGAAGGUUAUUGUUCGAGUGCGGCCACCGACAAAGGAUGAGCAAGAAGGGGAGAUGAUAGUCCAGAAAGUAUCUAACGAUACUUUGUCAAGUCAAGGGCAGACAUUUACAUUUGAUUCCAUUGCAGACACUGGGUCAACUCAGCAAGACAUAUUUCAGCUUGUUGGAGCUCCACUUGUUGAAAAUUGUUUGGCUGGGUUCAACAGUUCUGUGUUUGCAUAUGGACAGACUGGAAGUGGCAAAACAUUUACAAUCUGGGGACCGGCAAAUGCCUUGUUUGAAGAAAAUCUUACAAGUGAUCAACAAGGUUUAACACCCAGAGUUUUUGAACGACUCUUUGCUCGUAUAAAUGAGGAGGAAAAUAAGAACGCAGACAAGGAACUUGUAUAUAAGUGCCGUUGUUCUUUUCUUGAGAUUUACAAUGAGCAAAUCACUGAUUUGCUGGAUCCAUGCCUAAAAAAUCUACAGAUAAGAGAAGAUGUCAAUUCUGGUGUCUAUGUUGAGAACUUGACAGAGGAGAGUGUAUCCUCAAUGAAGGAUAUAAAGCAUCUUUUAACGAAGGGAUUAUCAAAUAGAAGAAUUGGUUCAACGAGUAUAAAUGCAGAAAGUUCUCGAUCUCAUAGUGUCUUUACUUGUGUUGUAGAGUCCCAUUAUAAGAAUGCAGGGGAUGGUUUAAGCUGUUUCACAACAAGUAGAAUAAAUCUUGUUGAUCUUGCUGGGUCAGAAAGGCAGAAGGUCACAGGAGCAGCUGGAGAACGCCUGAAGGAGGCAGGAAACAUUAACAAGUCACUUUCACAGCUUGGGAACUUGAUUAACAUCCUUGCAGAAAUUUCCCAGACAGGAAAGCCAAGGCAUAUUCCCUACAGAGAUUCGAGACUAACCUUUUUACUUCAGGAGUCUCUUGGAGGAAAUGCCAAAUUGGCAAUGAUUUGUGCUAUUUCUCCUGCUCAAAGCUGCAAAAAUGAGACAUGGAGCACGUUAAGAUUUGCACAACGAGCAAAGGCCAUUAAGAAUAAGGCAGUUGUAAACGAAGUGAUGCAGGAUGAUGUUAAUACCUUGAGAGAAGUUAUCAGCCAGCUAAGGGAUGAACUAGUUCGACUGAAGGCAAAUGUAAAUCAACCAAACUCAAAUUCAAGUUACUCAACGGGUUGGAAUGCUCGGAGAAGCUUAAGCCUACUAAAAUUAAGUCUAAACCGAUCAAUGAAAUUGUCUAAUGUGGAUAAUGACAGUGAUGAAGAAAUGGAAGUUGUUGAGGAAGUUGCCAAACUAGGUUUCCAGUCAGAUGCUAACAUUUAUCUAGAAAAUGAUCAACCAGAUUCAUUGUCCGUGGAUUGUGAUGAAGAUAUAUUGGAGCCUAUACUUGGUACACCUGAAGUUGCACAUAUUGAGAAGAAACAAGGCUCUCCAGACAUUGAUAUCAAUAUGGAAGAGUAUACACCUGAAAAACUUGUUGAUCGAACAAAGGUUCCAAAUCUCAGCUUAGUCUCUUUAGAAAAGUUCAUGGAGCCCAAAUCACCCAGCCCCAGUGUUUCACCAAGAGAAGUUACUGAUAGCACGAGGAAAAGUCUCAGAACUUCAGCUGUGGGACCAAAAAACUCAAAUGCUGCAUUUGCUUCUGAACGGUUAGCUAACAGCCUUCAGCGUGGUCUUGAUGUUAUUGAGGGUCAUAAUCGCCAGAGUUGUAGAAUGUCAUCAUUUAGAUAUUCAUACAAACCUGCCGAUGUUAAGCUAUUUAUAUCUGAAGAAGAUAAAGUUGAUAUUGGCACUCAGACUAUUCCUCAAGAUUAUACAUAUGAGGAAGAGGAGAACUCACAUAUGUUCCUAUGUGGUAAAUGUAAGACGGAGAUUUCUCCAUCAGAAACUCAAGAUCUCGAUGAUACUUCAAAUAUGCAGAUAGUACCUGUUGAAGGUCCACAUUCAGUGGGCUGCAAAUCCAUGAUGCAACUUCCAAAAGCGGUUCAAAAGGUUUUGGCAGGCUCUAUCAGACGGGAAAUGGCAUUGGAACAGUUCUCUGCAAAGCAAACUCAAGAAAUAAUUCAUCUAAACCGAUUGCUCCAGCAAUACAAGCACGAGAGAGAAUGUAAUGCGAUUAUUGGGCAGACGCGUGAAGAUAAAAUUGUUCGCCUCGAGGGCCUAAUGGAUGGUGUAUUUACUGCCGAGGAGUUCAUGGAUGAGGAACUUGUUUCUCUUACUAAUGAGCACAAGCUCUUGAAGGAAAAAUAUGACAAUAAUCCGGAGAUUUUGAGAACGGGGCUUGAAUUAACAAGAGUUCAGGAGGAGCUUGAACGAUAUAAGAAUUUCUAUGAUUUGGGUGAAAGGGAUGUACUUAUGGAAGAAGUCCAAGAUCUAAGGAACCAGCUACAGGGUUAUAUUAUAGACUCUUCUUCACCAAACGCAAUGCAGAACAAACGGAGACCUUUCUUGCAGUUAACAUAUUCAUGUGAUCCUUGUAUAGCUCCACAACUGUACAAAAUUCCAGAACCGCCGUCAGUUGAGGAGGUGAUUUCAAUACGAAAACUGGAAGAGGAGAGGUCCGAUUGGGCAGAAGCAGAGAGCAAAUGGAUUUCUCUUGCGGAAGAAUUGAAAGCUGAACUAGAAUCCAGCCAGUCUCUAUCCAAGAAGUUGAAAUGCGAACUGGAUUUGGAGAAAAGAUGCACGGAAGAACUGAAGGAAGCCAUGCAACUAGCCUUAGAAGGCCAUGCACGUAUGCUUGAACAGUAUGCUGAUUUGGAGGAGAAACAUAUGGAGAUGCUUGUAAGGCACAGGAAUAUUAAAGAUGGUAUAGAAGAUGUCAAGAAGGCAGCAGCUAAGGCGGGAGUAAGGGGCGCUGAAUCUAAGUUCAUAAACGUUCUUGCUGCUGAGUUAUCGUCGUUAAAAGUUGAACGAGAGAAGGAGCGAAGAUAUCUUAAGGAUGAGAAUAAAGGGUUGAUGUCACAGUUAAGGGAUACAGCAGAGGCUGUGCAGGCAGCUGGUGAAUUACUUGUGCGGCUUAAAGAAGCAGAGGAGGAGGUCUUUGCUGCUCAGAAAAGAGCUGAAGAGGCCGAACAUGAAAGGGAGAAGAUGUAUAGAAGGAUGGAUAAGUUGAAGAAGAAGCAUGAGAAGGAGAUUAAUUCAGUGAAUAGAUUAAUCGAAGAAGCCCGAAUAAAGAAAGAAGAAGCAGUUGUUGGGCCGGUUUAUGACGAAGCCGAAGUGAAAGAGGAGUUUGAUUUAGUGAACCUUACGGAAGAACCGUCGUGGUUUUCGGGUUAUGAUAGGUGUAACAUAUAGAGAUGAAAGGAAAUUUGAACUGUAUUCUUUUAUAGCUUGAGGAACUUUGUGAUUGAUUGAUUGUGUUGUGGUAUCUGCUAGCUACUAUAUGUAUAUUCCUUUCAUAUGAAGGAUGAAUGGAUUCAAAUGCUGAUAUUAUUUUUAUGCUGAAAAUAAAAUUACAGUUGUUU